GUUAAAUAACACUGUUUGUUACAGGCAGUAUUGUUGCAACAGACCCUGGUGUCCAUGGAUUUGCCAGGCGUCGAACACAAGGGUGAGGUGGUGCAAGGGCUAUCCAAGCAGAUCUCAUUGGCUAAUGCCAGGACUAAGAAGGGGAUCAAGGCACAGAAGUGGAACACUGUGUGCCUGGAGCUACCACAUUGUUACCUCAAGUGGGUGUGUGCGGGGCUGGUGUCAGAGCUGAAGAGACAGAACCGUCAUGUACCUGCUUUAGCAAUCGCCAGUGCUGUCAACGAACGUCUCAACUGUCUGCUGCCCACUCACUCCGAGGGACAACCUGUUGACCGUACACUCAUGUUCAGUGAGGCUAUGCGCCGCCAGACCUUCUCCAAGUGGCCUCAUAUGAAUUACAAGUGGGCUUUGCCAGACCAGAUGGCUCAGGCAGGAUUCUACCAUCAGCCCAACUCUUCAGGCGAUGACCGAGCCAUGUGUUUCACCUGCAUCGUGUGUCUCGUGUGUUGGGAGCCUACAGAUGAACCUUGGUCAGAACAUGAGAGGCAUUCUCCUUCAUGUCCAUUUGUGAAGGGGGAGUACACACAGAAUGUGCCUCUGUCAGUGACAUAUGCUACAGCCCCUGCCAUCCACACAGACGCCCCCAUGGAGGUGCUGGGCACUUCCUCUGUCCCAGAAUUGAUACCUACAGCUUCCUCUAGUGGCAACAUAAUCGUUUUGGAACUGCUCCAGACAGCUCAAGAUUGAAGCAACAAUUUCAGUUGUGAGUAAAUCAAAUAUUUAUAACGACCUAACACGGAAAAAAGAAGCUUGGGCAGACCAAGACGUUGUGGAAAUUCCUUUAACAGACUCAACAUUAGAGAACCUAGUGGGUGUGUGGAGUAACCAGGAGGUGCAGGUGGGGGCAGUGAGCGUGGUAGGUGGCCCCACUAGAGAUUCAGUGAGGCCUGUUGUAGUAGUAGGAGUGGGACUUGCCCGACCAUCUGUGUCACCUUUAG